GUUUCAGGGAAAGGGACAGAAGAGGUAGAACAACUAGCUAGAAGACGUCUUAAAUCGUAGGCGUCGAUGUUGAAUAAACUGCAUCGCCCACAGUUUUGGAGCUUCUGAGGAAAUGGGAUAAGCUUUGGCAAUAUAUUCCCACUGUCAUGUUUUGUUUUCUCUCUUGAUUUCUUAUAUAAAUGAAUUCAGGUUCUCAGUCUUCUCUUAUGAUUCUGAUUUUAGUCUAAUACAUAGUGAGCAGAUCAAGAAGGCAACUUCAUACAAACAUGGAUAUUCAGAUGACUAGUUCUGCAAGGUCGGGUACUGGGAAUGGUUUUUACGAGAAGAUAGAAACCUCUGAAAAGUGGAGCAAAUACUGGAGGAAGUCCUUUCUCUUAGUUUGUGUGGUUGCUUUGGCUAUUGAUCCUCUGUUUCUCUUUAUUCCUGAAAUUGAUUAUCUAAAAUUAUGCAUCGGUUUCGACGAAACGCUUAGAACAACAGUUUGUGUCCUUCGUAUCUUGAUUGACAUAAUCUAUGCGUAUCAAAUCAUUCGUUCUCAAACAUCUUUGAGAGGCAAGAUGAGCCAAAGAAGUAAACUCUUCUACACUAUUGUUGACAUUGUUUCUCUUCUCCCCAUUCCUGUGGUGAUGGUUCUCCUCGUCCGUACUGAGUGGUCUAACAAUCUCGUGACAAAUAGAGUACUCAAGUGGACCAUAGUUGUUCAGUAUAUACCAAGGAUCAUUCGCAUCUAUCCGAUUUACAGAAUUGUGACAAAAACCACUGUUACAAUAUCAGAAUCAAAGUGGAUUGGAGCUCUUUUGAACCUUUUGCUCUUCCUGAUGUGCAGUUAUGUGUUUGGGGCGUUCUGGUACGUUACUGGAAUUGAAAAGCUAAGCAUAUGCUGGCAUAACUUUUGGGUGAAUAAGACUAUGUCUCCUGGCUUUGGGAAUUUCACUGUUUGGCAGAGACCUGGCAAUGUCACGAAGCUGUAUUGUCCACAUUUAGUAGAUGGUGAAAACAACAGUGUUUUCCUGAAAAAUUCAUGCCCAAUAAGAGAAUCUGCGGAAAUCCCAAGACCAUCCAAAUACUUGGUCGGGCUCGAAAACAAAACGAUAUACGACUUCGGUAUGUACGGUGAAGUGGUGAAGUCUGAGGUGGGAAGUAUUAAUCUAAGGAAUUUUCCAAAGAAGUUCUUCUACUGCUUUUGGUGGGGUCUUCGAAAUCUUAGUACGUUUGGCGAAAGCCUGAAGCCAGGCAACUCGGCAACAGAUAUUCUUUUGGCUAUCGUCAUAUGCGCUUGUGGUUUAUUCUUGGUUGCUGUACUUAUUGGAAACGUUCAGAAAUACUUGCUAACAAGUACCGUCAGAUCAGACGAAAUGAUCGAGAGAAAGAAAGACACAGAAGCAUGGAUGACAUUUAGGAAACUACCAGAAGAUCUUAAGAAACGCAUUAAGGAAAACGAGAAAACCCUUUGGAAAAAUGUCAGGGGCACUGAUGAAGAAUCUCUUCUUCGUCGCUUGCCGGAAGAGCUCAGACGUGAAACUCAACCAUAUCUUGAUAAUUGAAGGAAAUGUGUCUUCUUAAUGUUUUACUAUUGUUUAGGGACACUUAUCUUCCCACUUUCCUAAUUCCCUUGUAUUUAUGAAUCUUAAAUUUUUUCCCAUCCAUCUAUUGUCUUUGAAAAAUC